UCACAAAUUAACCAUACAAAUUGUUCAACACCAGUCUAGAAAACUCAAGAAAAUUGAAGCAAAUCACAAAUUAUCCAUAAACAACAUGAUUUGAAAACUUCUUCCUCCUUGUCAAUUAAGCUUCUUCACUCUCCACUUGAUAAUAUCGACUUCAUUCUACACAAUUAGAAAGAAAAAAUUAGACAUGUCUCCACAAACAUAAAGAAGAUUAGUUGUUUAGAAUAUUAAAUAUACCGGAAAAAUUAAUUAUAUGAUUGUGGACGGGUACUCAUGGGUCGGGUUUACCUAAACCCAAACCCAACCCGAUGAAUAUUGAACAGGUUUAAACCCGAACUCGGUCCAAAACCCGUCAACACGAAUUUUUACCCGCGUUGGCCAGGUUGGGUCGGGUAGGGUACUCAUGGGUUCGGGUUUCGUUGCCAUCCUUAGAUCCAAUCCAAUCCUCAGGCAAAUUGACAUUGACUCAAAACGGAUCAAUUCAAAAUACCUCAGGAAAAUUAAUUCAUCAAAUUUUUUUUUGCUGGCGAACAAGUCAAUUUGAUACAAUCGUCUCAGCGUCAAAUUGACCGGUUACAAUUCUUCAUCCAAACAACCCCUUAGUUUAUAAUAACGACAAUGGUCCCGCCAGCUGAACUAAUAGUAUCCCGCAGUCGGGAUGAAGCCCACGUGGAAACCGCAUGGUCUUCUCUGCACCACAUCCCACGCGCUCUGCCAUCAUCUUACAACCAAAACGUCCGUUGGAUGCAUUCGACAUGCAACGUGGUCAGAAUCAAAUCCCUACGUGUUUCCACGCUCUUGCCGCUGUGAAUAGGGAGCUAAUAGUUCGCCAGUUAGAGGACAGAAGGGAAAUGUACUCAGAAAGUAUAAACGGAUUUUAUAAAUCUUGGGCAUCCUUAAAAAAAUGACAAGAAAAAGAAACCCAGGGAAGGGGAGAAAGUGAAAAAGGAAAGUCUCACACAGGAGUCUGCACUUCCCCAGUUUGUGAGGGGUUCAGCAUGUCCUCUUUUCUCGUCCCGAUGAUGCAGGAUGCAGAAGAUAACGAUAACCCAUCGUAUCUCAACAGGAAAAGGAAGUUGAACGCAGAGCAAUUGGGUCUUCCCCUACCAAAGCAUAAUUGUUGGGUUCAUCCCGGUGAUGAGAAAAAUCAAGUGGAACACACAAUCAGUCAUGUACUCAAGGAAAAUGCCGAGCAGCAGGGGAAUUCCAUCGACAACAUGAUGUCUGAUUAUGAAUCUGCUAACGACAGCAACAGUUUUGCUGUCGAUUCACAUCCCUGUACCAUGUCAUCUAGUGAAGCUAAACCGCAAUCAGAGAUCACAAAUACAUGGCCGAGCAGCAGUCUAGCCUCUACUUCGUCGUUGAAUUGUUUUCCCGAGACUUCUACACAGGAUCCUCAGUGUUCUUCAGAUCCUAGUAACGGGAAGGAACUCCCACAUCUUUAUUAUGACAGCCUUGAAGCAUAUGAUCACAAGGAUGGAAUGCUCGGAUAUGCUCAACAGUACUACAAGGGAGGAAAUAUCCCUCUCGAAGACGAGGAAGUGGAUGAUGUUCUUGGUUUGAAUGGAGCGAACUCUCAUGUUUAUGUCCUUUCAUCCGGAAGAUGGAGUGUUGACCAAGAUCCUCAGCCACAGGUCAGAAAGCCGACCAUUGAUCAAGAAUUCGAGCAAUACUUCUCUUCUCUCAUGCUGCAGUAGAGUAGCAUUUGCUGCACACCUACAUUCCCCUCCGACCUGUCAACUGUAAAAAUUCACUUGUGUGGAGCUGCUACUGCUCACAAGUCACAAGCACUAGCCAUCUGUUUUUCGCUUACCGCAGUUUCUGGUCCCAAAUAAUACUGGUUUCGUAGAAACUAUUUUUCUCAAGACUCCUGUCGCUUGAUUUUUCAUCUGUACCACAAAUGGGAGCUUGGAAGUUGGAACACCAAAAGCAAACUUCUCCCGUAUGCCAAAAAGAGCAGAAGAAAAACAAAUGCACCAGCCGGGAAUCGAACCCGGGUCUGUACCGUGGCAGGGUACUAUUCUACCACUAGACCACUGGUGCUUUUGAUCUUCAAUCAGCAGAAUCAAUAUUUAUUAUUUAAUUAUUCACGCCGCAAAAGAAUCUCAUUAUUAAAUUAAGAAAGGGUACAAACAACA